GGAAGGAAAACUAUUCCGUCAAAACAUUAGUGAUUACACAACUUUACCGAUUCAUCGCUUCAUCUCUAAGCCAACCCACAUGUUACUAUACACUCACUUUACUCUCUUCUUCUCUCCCACUUUCACUUUAUUUACGCAUCAAAUCAAACAACUCCUCUUUUCUUCAAAUUACUCCAACUUUCCCACCUUAUAUAUUCUUCUUCAUUCCGAUCACCAACAUUUUCUAUUUGCAAUUGCAAUGGGAACCUGUAUAAGCUCCACCGAAAAACUCACGGCGGAAAUUUUUCCCAACGACGGAGCCGCCGUCCGGUUACACGGCACGCCAGACACUAUUUACACUGCAUACACUCGAUUCGCCCUUCUCCGUAAUACUACUUCCUCGGACCCCGUUCCACCUUCCAGACCGCCACUGGCGCCGCGUGCCUUACGAUCCAACUGGGAGAAUCUGAUUACGGUCCCAAUGAGGUCGGAGUUCGAGUCAGGCUCUCGCGACGCGCUUCUGCGAUUUAUCGACGCGCGGUUCCCAAACUUAUCAGCGGAGACACCUACAGCAACGACGACAAGUGGUGAUGAGAGUGAGUACGAAGCGACGUCGUUAAUGGUGAAGGUGACUCGUCUGCAACAUAAGAGCGUGACGUGGCAUGUGGAGAGAUUGGUGAGAUGGGCGGAGGAUCUGGCGACACGUGGAGGGAGGAAGGCCGUUGAUCCAAAAAUGGGGAGUUGGAAAAUGGAGGUGAGAAAAUUCGGAAAGAGUUACUCUCAGUUACUGGAAGUGAUGAUGGAGCAUGCUCAAAUGGAAGAGAAAGUCCUCUUCCCUAUUUUUGAUUCUGUUGAUCGAGGGCUAUCUAAGGCUGCAAAGGAUGAACAUGCUAGGGACUUGCCUAUCAUGAAUGGUAUUAAAGAAAUCAUCAAAUCUGUUGAGGUUUUGGAAUCAAGAAGCCCCAAUUACAUAGAGACUUUGUACAAUCUUUCUAAGAGGCUCAAUUCAUUUCAGGAACAAUGCAAACAACACUUUAUGGAAGAGGAUUUAGAAUUACUUCCAUUAAUGGAGGCAGUUGAGUUGAGCAAAGAUCAAGAUGAGAGAGCACUGGAGCAAAGUUUUGAUGUGAUGCAAGCAACACAUAGUGGAUUGUUAAAGUUUCUUUUUGAAGGACUCUCUCCUAAUGAUGUAGUGAAGUACUUGGACUUGAUUAACAUGUGUAGGGACAAAGAGAGAAUGGAAUCAAUGCUUCAAAUGAUUAUUGAAUGACAUAUAGGGCCCGUUUGUUUUA